CCAUGGGAGACUCCAAAAAUUCCUUCCAUCCCGCUAUGACUGUUAACAACAUCAAAACUAGCAUUCCCCUUACCCUUACAAUGGAGGAUGCUUUAAAAUUCAUGCUCGUUAUUCCCCCAAAGGAGAAAAAACUAUGGUCGGUCUUAGAUGCGGCUGUCCUCGGAUGGAUUUCUCAUGACUUGUUGCAAACUAUUAUGGAACCCGACUCUACGGCAAUGGAGGCUUGGAAUAGGUUGAAAAAUAUAUUCCAAGAUAACCAAAACUCUCGUGCCGUUACCCUUGAGCAUGAAUUUUGCAACACACAGAUGGAGGACUUCCCUAAUGCUUCGGCUUAUUGUCAACGGCUUAAAAGCCUCUCCGACCAGCUGAAAAAUGUAGGGGCCCCGGUGGAUAAUAACCGCCUAGUCCUUCAAUUGGUCUCCGGUCUAACGGAACCAUACAACGGCGUUGCUACCUUGAUUAGGCAGAGCAACCCUCUCCCUCAAUUUUACCAAUCCCGGUCAAUGCUCACCUUGGAAGAAGCGGGCUUGGCAAAACGAGCAGCAACAAACUCGGCAUCUGCUAUGGUGGCUGGUUCCUCGCGUGACGUUGAAACAGGGCAGGAUGGCUCGGGUACAGCUCGUGGGAAAAAUAAAAAUUCCAAGAAAAAUGGUGGCAAGAAGCAAAAUGGUGGUUCUGGCGGUGGCAGCCGUGGUGGUUCUGGCGCCGGCGGUGCAGGUCGCGGUGGCGGUCAGCAGCAACCUCAGUGGUCGACUUCUCCUUGGGGACAGCAGCAACAGUGGCCGAGUUCUCCUUGGGGUUGGGUGCCUCAGUGGGCUACUCCCCCUUGAGGCCCACCAAAACAGCA